GGCCAGCUGGCUUGCUGCGCCUGCGCAAUGGCAACCUUAGCAACGGGUAACUCCAAAAUGGACGACGAGCAACAGGCGAACGCAGAACCUGCUGCUACUGAUGGGCAGCAGGAAGAGACCAAUGCUGAGCAGGAAACUAACCAGACAUCACAAGAAGACACAACAGAACAAGAGCCUGCUAAUGACAAUGCAGAAACAGCUGAAGUGAGUCAGGAGGGUGGGGCAGAUGCCCCAGCAACUGAGGGUGCGGAUGACCCACAAAACACGGAGGGAGAUGGUGAGCAGAAAGCGGAGCAGGAAGGUGGCGGAGAGAAUACAGAUGCGGUAGAGCCUCCGAUAGAAAAUGCUCCUGAAGAUGGACAAGCGCCAGAAGAUUUAGCUGAUGCACCCCAGGCUGCCGAAGAAACGGCACCGGAAGCCCAGGCUGAAGGGGAACAGGGUGUCACAGAUGGUGACGCCGCCCCAGCUGCAGAGGGAGCGACAGAGGCUGACACACCCCAGGAGACACAGGGUGACGCACCCCAGGAGACACAAGAUGACACACCCCAAGACGCACCGGCAGAAGGACAGGGGGAGACACAGGGAGAAGCACCACAGGAGACACCAGCAGCAGAACCCACAACAGAACCCCCGACAGAAUCCCAACAACCACAAGCAGACACUGGUGGGGACGGGGAACCAAAGCCUCAGGACGCCCCGCCCCAGCAGCAACCCGAGGGUGGGGAGACACAGGCCGAUGGGGGUGGGGCAGAGGAGACGGAGGGAGAGAAAGGAGAGGAGUCUAAGGAGGAAGUGGAUGAGAAUCUGAUACCUAAAGAUUUCUUUUACGACUAUGAAGAACACAGCUCCAAGCCAGUUAUUGCCGAGGACUCUGGCCUACCCAACGACAUGCUCAAACUAUUUCACUCUUUUGGAUAUGACUGCAAGAAGCUGUCCAAUCUGUACAUGCUGGAUGCCAACACAGUCCUCUUUGCGGCUGGUAACAUAGUCCAAAUCUUGAACCUCGUGACCAAGGAGCAGCGAUACGUCAGGACGACAAGCGGCGGUGGAGUUGGUGCCAUCACUGUGCACCCAAGUCUGAAAUACUUUGUGGUCGCUGAAAAAGGGGACAUGCCCAACAUCAUCUUCUACGAGUACCCCUCCCUCAAGCUCUACCGCAUCCUGAGGGGCGGUACAGAGAAGGGCUACGCCUUUGUGGACUUCAACCCUGCCGGGACCCUCCUGGCCUCCGUGGGUUGUAACCCUGACUUCAUGCUGACCCUAUGGGACUGGCAGCAGGAGAAGAUCCAAUUGAGAUCUAAGGCUUUCUCCCAGGAUGUCUUCAGGGUCACGUUCUCCCCUGAGAACGAGGGGCAGCUGACAACCAGCGGCACCGGCCACAUCAGGUUCUGGAAGAUGGCCGACACCUUCACCGGCCUCAAGCUCCAGGGGGCACUGGGCAAGUUUGGCCGCACCGAGAUCUCGGACAUCCGGGGCUAUGUGGAGCUGCCGGACGGCAAGGUGCUGUCCGGGACGGACUCGGGCAACAUGCUGCUCUGGGAAGGGGGCCUGAUCAAGGUCCAGAUCGGCCGUAAGGGCAAGAAGCCCUGCCAUCAAGGGGCUAUUGAACAGUUUGUGAUGGAUGAAGGCGAGCUGAUCACGAUCGGCGCUGAUGGAUUUAUUAGGGUGUGGGACUUUGAGUCGAUUGACACGGCCGAUUCCAUGGACGAGUCCGGCGUCUUUGAGAUGGAGCCUAUGAACGACCUCAAGGUUGGAAACGACGUCCAUCUCAUGUCCAUGGUCAAGUCAGUUGACCCUGAGGUGCAGAGCCUGUGGUACGGCCAGGAUGCCAACGGUGGGAUCUGGAAGCUGGACCUGUCGUUCUCUCACACCACCAAGGACCCGGAGAAGCUCUUCUCGUACCAUGCAGGAGAGAUCACUGCCGUAGCGACGUCACCCAUCUCGCAGCUCAUUGCUUCCACUGCCCAUGAUGCUACUGUUCGUGUGUAUGACAAUGCAUCCAAGACGCCACUGUGCCAUACCAAGUUCAACGCUGGAUCCACCUCCCUCUUGUGGUUGCCUCAGAUUAUUGACCCCAAGGGGGCCACCGUCCUGGCCGGAUUCAACGACGGCGUGGUCAGAGUACUGGUCAUCGCCAGACAGGACCAUCAAGACCACCAUAAGAAGGGCCAGAACCAACCCCAAGCCCAGCUCAUCCUCAAGCAGGCCUUCAAACCUCACACCAAGGCCGUCACAGCGAUGGCUCUAGACAACAAGGGGGAACUGCUCGCUUCUGGGGGAGCCGACGGAACAGUGUUCUUCAUGUCUGUCAGUGAUACGUUCAGUCCUGUUGGAUACAUUGAGAUGCCAGGGCCAGUAACGCACCUCACCUGGGCUCCCGGCAACUUUGAGAAGAACACCCUGCUGGUGUUCUGUGCGAAUGGUGAGGUGAUGGAGGUCACGGCCCCAGAGCCAGGCAGCUACGACACCUCCAAGACCUUCAACAUCACAGGUCUGGAAACCAGGUCCUUCUCGUUUACCAGCAUCAAGUCUAGACUCAGGAGAGAAGAGGAAGAGGAAAGGAAGAGAAUUGAAGAGGAGGAGAAGCAGAAGGAGAAGGAGAGACAGAGACGUAUCCGUCGGGAACGUGGACUUGAAGAUGAGGAAGAGGAGGAGGAAGAAGAGGAGAAAGAGGAGGAGCCACAGCCCUUGUACAUCCCUGAGGAGCCCAGUCCUAUUCUCUUUGGAAUGUACGCUCCAAACGAUCCAGACACUUUCUGGGUUUCCAUGGGAGCCUUUGAUGCAGGUUACCUCUAUGAAUGCAAGUUCUACAGCGAGGAGGAGAAGACGGCUCUGAUCAAGGACAGCCGAGAGAACGCCAUCAAGGAAGCCAAAAGAGCUAUCCCCGUCCCCGGGAGUGAUGACAUCCCCAUCACCUGUAUCACCUUCAAUUCCGAAGGCACCCACGCCCUGAUGGGGAUGGAGAACGGAGUCAUCCGCAUCCAAUUUGUCGUCCAGGACAACGACCCCAAGAACGCCGAGAAGCGACCCUUCACCUCCUCCCAGGCCGACCUCAGCAAGCUCGGCCCUUACUGGAUGCUGAACGUCCACGACAACAACUACGGAAGCAUCAGCACCAUCGAGACGAGUUUCGAUGAUAAGUGUGUCGUAUCCAGCGGAGGCGACGGGAACCUCUUCAUCUUUGAGAUGAUGAGCGAUGAGAAGAUCGAGGAGGCCAAGGCGGUGGCCAGGGCCAAGAUUCCUUCUGCCAGGAAAGAGGACGAACAACGGACAGUGGCUGAUAUUGAAAACAAGGAGCAUUACAGCAUCGAGCUGGAGAAGCAGAAAGCCGAACACGACAAGAUGAUGAAGAUCGCCGAGGAGAAGAAGCUGGAGGCCCGCAAGACCAUCGCCAAGCUCCGCAGGCAGUUCAAGAAGCUCCUUGAGAGGAAUCAUGAACUGCCUUCCCAUCUCCAGCUAGAGAGGAAGGAAUUUGAGAUGGAUCCGGGCAUCAGGCGUGAGCUUGAGAGACAGACGGCCGAGAAGAUAGAUCUGGUGAGGAAAGAGCUCGCAUGGGAGGCGGAUAAACAUCGCGUUGGGCUGGAAAAACUCAAGCAAAGAUUCAAGGAUGAACUGGAGUGCGAGCGCAUCGUGGUGGUGGCGGUGAGGUCUUCCCAUCAGGUGGCCACCUACCGUACGGCGGAGCUCAGCAAGGACUUCCUGCUGCAGAAGGAGGAAUGGAGCCGGCGGGCGACCAUGGUGUCGGAGAAAUCACUGUCCAGGGACCCCACCAGGGAGCAGCUGUUUGCUGAUCAGUCCAAGCUCAGUGAAACUGAGAUCGAUGCUGGCAGGGUCCCAGGCACCCAGACCAAGAAGGCCACCCUACUGACUGGUAGACUUGGGGAGAAGGUCAACAAGGCCUUGCAGAAAGCUGAGAAGGUCAAGCAGAAGAGGACGGCCAGAGCCAAACAGUGGAAUGAGCUGAACAAGAGCAAGCCCCCAGAAGACUAUGAAGACCCCGCCGAUGUGUCAGCUAUCAAGGAGGCUCAGGACCACAUGGGAGACUUCAAGCUCAAGACCGCCAAGGACUACGUCGUCCCUGAACACCUCCGCAUGAAUGCCCUCAAGAAACGCAAUCAGCUUCUCACUCUGGAGGAACUGAUCCACACGCACAAGAUGCAGAUCAACCGGCGGGUGAUCCGUCUCCGGGACAAGAAGGUGUCCAUGAUCCAGGAGAUCAAGACGAUCCUGGAGGAGCUGGAGGACAUCCAGUCCAGUCUCCAGCAGGAGCAGACCAAACCAGUCCCGGAGCUCCCCGUGCUCCACCCGUUCGAGGUCCCAGAGAAGAAGUAUGAGUAUACCCGGGAGUCCUUGAUGAAGUUCAGAGAGGAGAUGAAGGCUAAGGAGCUUGCCAAGAUCACCGGGGGAGAGGGAGGAGGAUUUGGAGGGGGCUUCGGAGGCAUGGGAGGGGGCAACGCCGCACCCCAGAAAGCCGAUGCAAAGGGCCCCAGCCCUGCCAUGCUGCGCAAGUCGGCCAUGUCCUACCGCAGUGGGACCAACCUGGUCACUCCAAUCCCGUCCGACCCCACCCUACUCUCUCCUCUGGAGUACCAGCUGAAGGAGGUCCAUAUGAUCGACAUGCUCUAUAGGCAAGACCAGCUCCUGGGACGCAUCGAGGAACUGGUCGUCAACUUUGACGCCGAGCUCCGUCUCCUCCGCCACGAGAAGUUCAACCAGGACCUGGACCUCAAGAAUGCUGAUCUGAGACGUGUGACUCUGUUUGAAGAGCUGCAGCUGCUGAAGGAGUUUGAGAAGCGUGAGAAUGUGCUCGCAGCCAAGGUCGAUAUCAAGAUCAAGGAACGUUCAGACAUGCAGGCCAAGGUUGUUGAAUGUCAGAUGAAGCUCGACGGCAAGCGCAAGGACAUUGAGAAGCAGAACGAGAGAGAGAAGGCCCUCUACGCCACCUUCCAGUCGUCUCUCGGCGAGAACAACAAGUUCCAAGAGUUCCUCACCAAGGUCUUCAAGAAGAAGAUUAAGAGAGCCAAGAAGAAGGCGAAGACGGAAGGAGAGUCUGAUGAAGAGAGCGACGAGAGCUCGGAUGACGAGUCAGACUGGUCAAGCGAUGAUGACGAGUCAGGCGAAGAGCAGCUGGAUGAUUCUGUCUGCCCUCCAGGAUGUGAUCAGGCACUGUUUGACAACACCUGUGCCCUGCGUGAGAAGCGCCUGGACAUUGAGGAGCUGAUGGCCGAGGAGAAGAAGACGGCUGAAUCUCUCAAGAAGGAGACAGACGCCCUCAUCAAGAAACAGAAGAUCAUCGAGAACGGUCUCAAGACGGCUGAAGCAGACCUUGAACAGUUCCAGCUUGAGAAACAGCAGAAGCUGAAUGAGCUGGAUGUGAUCGUGACCCUGCGGCUUCAUCAGGUGGAGCAUGUGGUCAAUGGCGCAGUGCCCCAGGACCUGAGCCAGUGCCUGGUCUUCACCAACCAGGCCAUCAGGAGGCUACAGCAGAGGAUCAGGGAACUCAAGGAGGAGAAGACUGCACAGAGACGACAUUACAAGGAACACCGGCAGCAGCACGUCCAACUGAUCAAGGACCGCAAGCUGAUGGAGUCCCGCAUCAACGAGCUGGAGGAGAAGAGCAACGAGAUGAUGAGGCUCAAGUUUGGCCGCAUCGUCGACCUGGACAAGAUGGAGACGGUGGGCGUCAACCGCAACGUGGAGGAACUCAAGGAGAAGUUGAGGAUCAACGAGGGGGGCAACGCCCAGGAGAUACAGAAGUGGGAGAAAAAGAUCUUAGCCAAGAAGAAGCGAAUCACGGAGCUGACGCGGGACAACACGGAGCGGCUCCAGCAGCUCACGUACCUGGUAGGCGAGAAUAAAGACCUGGAGAAGGCGCUUGAUUCCCGGCAGACAAGUCUUACUGGGCAAAAAUCGGGCGGUGAGUUUCAGGGUAGCCGGAAAGCCGACGUGGUGGAGAGGAAACGCUUGAUCCAACUUGUACAGCUCCAAGCCCAGGAGAUCGAGGCCCUCAAGGAGGAGAUCGGUCUGCUCUCGAGGAAAGGGGGUCACAUCCUACCCCCAACCCAACCCCCUGCUCCGCAUACCCCCCACGGCGUCAGGUCGGCAGUCAACGGUCACAACUAGGCGAUGCUGUCUGCCUGCUGUGAAAUCAGUAACUUUUGUUGUGACCUGAAACUUGUGUGAAUUGUUAAUCUUGCGCCUACAGGAACCGGGCCCUGUUUCACAAAGCUUUGUUUAUCAAUAACAACCGCCACAUAUCUAUGAAAAAUCUGGUCCCAGCCAAUCAAAUGCAAGGACUUCAGUAGCUUAUAACAAUUAUGGUAUAUUGUUAUUGAUAACAAGUUUUAUGAAACCGGGCCCUGGUUGUCCCUGUAUUGAAGUAUGUGGGAAUGAAGAAAUUCAGUAGUCGAUGGAUUUUUCAUGACCAGAAAACAUGGAAAUCUUGGAACGUAUUCUGAAAACUAAUGUUAUCUUUAUGUCAGUGAAAAUAAAAAGCUCUAAAUGCAUGGGACUAACAAGUACCAUUGGUGCUUGCGCGGAUAUCUUGUGUAAUUUUACCCGAGGUCAGCCAGCUUUGUGCAGACAUAAACAAUGGCAUGUCUUAAUUUGAUUUGUUAUUGACAAUCAUAAACAUGGUUUUGCUAACAUGAAAGGAACAUCGUUUUCAGAAUACCACCCAAGGUGUUGAAGUCACUCGUUCCCAACGUUUAACUUUUGCUGAGAGGGUCCGCUUGUGAAAUGCUCAGAAGUUUCAAGAAUACAAUAGUUUCUGGUUGCUUUCUGGUUUCAUAGGAGGUGGUGCAUGUACAGUCAAACCUGUCUAUAGUGACCGCCCAAGGGAAACACAAAUAGUGUUUUUAGUAGAAAGGUGUUCACUUAAGCAGGUUUGACUGUACAUGUAUGAUGAAAUAUUGUAAUAGGAAGAAGUACUUCUGUGUAGGGUGCUUUGCUUCUUUAAGAAGGGGCCAAUAUCACAGGUUUGGCUGUACAUUGAAUUGGCUGUACAUUGUUCAGACAAAUAUUCCAUUAUGUAUGUCUGUGUAAAAAGAAUGAUGUUGCAUAUUUCAAAACACUGAAUUCUUCUUUUAGUCACGAUAGGAUGGUUGACACAUAGUUUGCAGAUACCAGGUUCCAUUGUGAUGUAGUCUUUAUGGUGCAUUUUUGUUCAAAAAUUCAAAAAUUUCAGGCAACUAUGCCCCCCCCCCAACAAAAAUCCACAGCACACUACAUUAAUGAAUAUAUCUAUAUAUAUUUUGUUUUGUAUAUAUGAAUAAUAUAUUGCAUAAGGCAUUUGUAGUUCUAAUGAACAUUUAUAUACUCUGUGCUCUUCCAGAACUAUCCCAAAGUGAUCUGUCACAAAUUUUGGGUUUAAGAUCUUUCAGGCAUUUUCAUAUCGUCUGUUAAAAGCCAAAAGGGCCUUAACCCUGUGUUAAAGCAAAUAAGUUAACACCCUUCUGGCUCCAAACAGACUACAUGUAUAUGAUCAGAGACUGGCAGAUUUGGGAACUGUACCCACACAAAAAACUGACAGUGAACUGAUGUGGCCCCCAAAUGCCAUAGAUUUUGUCAAUGAAGGGUCGGUUUCAUGUACAAGAAAUUUCACUUCACAUGCACACAAAAUACUUUAAGAAACAGACCAACCUAACAAGUAGUAUUGUGUUGACAACGUAUUCAUAGAUUUUAAUUUAUUACGAUAGUCACAUUUAUAAUAAAAGUGUAUAAAGUUAUGCAAUUUAAGUGUACAUACAAUAUUGCAAAGAUUAGACAAGAAUUUAUAAUCACUUACACCUUUGAUAUUGUACUUGAAUUAUACAUAUGCAAGGAAGAAAAAUUAGAAUUUAUCACCUGUUCUUUCACAUACUCUACCUAUUUACCGCCUUCACAUGUUCUCUAUUUUCAGAAACUUUAAAAGCAUUUAUAGAAUUGUUGAUAUUUAUCUACCAUAUUGUACAAACUCCGUCCAUACAAGAAAAUUAAAUUCUAUGCUAAAUAAAUGUUCUUUCAUUUCAGAAAAAAA